UUUCCUGCCUUUUGCCCAAUGAGCUCUGGGAUAGGCUCCUGCACUAACCGCAGCCCUGAACAGGACUGUAUGAUGUAUGUAUGUAUUUUUGUCUCAAUAGAAUUCCUCUUUCUAAUAAUGACUGGGUUCAACUAUGUCACGGAUCCUUUGUAUAAACACCAGCUUCCAUUGGUCAAACAUAAGCUCACUGCUACUGAAGCAAACACACACACACACACACCUGUUGGUAUGAGGAAGCCCAAGUAGGAGUGAAUCUUCCUGUCAAAACCAGCCUCCUCCUCAUUCAUCAGGACCGGAUUUAGCUUUACUUUGAGAUGAAUGCCGUUCACAAUAGCCUCGGCUAAAUGCCCGACAGGCAGUUAAACAUUAUUCAAUUUUUCUUUGUAUUUUAUCGACGCCACAAAGAACCAACACAGCUGAGCGGUCUUGCUGGCAAGGUGAGUUCUUUGCAGGGAUGACUGAACAGGAAAUGGCAAGUGACACAGCGGACUACAGUGACUGGAUGGCCGAACUUCCACCUGAACUAUUGACUGUGCCUCUCUGGAAUGUGGCUCUACCGGGAAGCCAUGACUGCAUGAGCUAUGAUUUGGACAUCAACUCCGCCAUUUUGGAGCCCGACAGUUUGACCAGAUUCAGCAAGAUUGGCUUUCUUCGGAAAGUGGUUUGCAAAUGGGCUACCACCCAGGUGAGGGAAGCACUUAACAUAUUUGAAGCAGGAACUGAUGCGUGUUUGCCUUUGUUACAGGAUCGAUCCAUUAUCGAUCAGCUGAAUGCUGGCGCUCGCUAUUUUGACUUGAGAAUUGCGCGCCAGAUGGACGAUCCUAAUCCCACUCGGCUCUAUUUUUACCACGGGCUCCGCACGCACACUGAUGUAGAGACGGUGUUAGAGGACAUAAAUGGAUGGGCCACACUGCAUCCAAAAGAGAUCCUCAUCCUGUCCUUCUCCCACUUCAAAAACUUUGAAAAAAACCCAGUCGGUCUGCACUUGCAUCUUCUACAAUUCAUCGAGACCUUGUUUGGACCUAAACUUAUAUAUCGAAAGUGCUGCCCAACCAUGGAGUUGUGCUGGAACCAGAAGAGGAACGUGUUGAUUGCCUAUGACUUUCCUGGUCAAAUUGAUCCAAAGGCACAUCCGAACAUAUGUGGGAAAAUUCCCUAUUACUAUGGAAACACGAUGAAUCUGGUCCAAGUUGAGUCAAAGAUCCUUCAAACUUUGGAGAGUCAGAAACAAAAGAAUGGCUUCUUUGUAUGCGGCUUGAACCUCACACUGCCAGAAGACGCCAGUGUAAUAAAGUACAUCCUUAAACCCUUUAAUUCCCUGGCAAAGGUCAUCGAGCAAAGUCUGCCUGAGUUGGUCAAGUUCAUGGGUCAGAGAGCUGAAGGGGGCCGUGUUUGCAUUUUCGCAUCAGACUUGGUGACUCAUGAUGAUUUUGUCCCGACAGUGAUUAAGCUAAACACUUCCAAAUAUGUGUCUAACACCAUGAAUGUUGCUUGAUGGACUGAACUAGCUCUUUGAAUAGGUUAGAUCUGUUGCUGCUGUUGCCCCACUAACCAAAGUCCAGAAGGGGUGUGGAGGCGGAGCAGUGGAUGACAAGCACUCAACCGCUCUGCACUGCUCUGCUUCCACGUGGAAAUUAAAAACUCUGCUGCUCUUCCUUGUCAGUUCUGGUGUGAAUUCCAGGUUAGCAAGACAAGCAAACACGCUUGAUCAGUUUCAGCGGUUCUCCAGUGAGGUUUAACGCUUAUACCUGACGCUACAUGAAAACUUCAAUUGCCACUAAUGCCACACCAGUAACCAAUAACACACAAAAUGUAUAUGCCGUAAUUUCUGGACUCCAAGCUGCUACUUUUUACUUGCGGUCUGGACCCUAUGGCUGAUACAGUGACACGGCGAAUAUACUGUUUGGAUUUGUACAGGCUAAAGUAUUGAGCUUCGUCAUAUCAAACUGCUGAGAUCACGGGCGUUUAUUUACCUUAAAGCACUCAAAAUGCGCUGUUUCAGAGACCAAGACCAAGGCCGUAGAGUCAGAACUCGCGGGUGAAAACAGCACAUUUUGAGCGAUUUAAUGUGAAUAAAGGAUGUGAGGAGUUUACGAUUCAAGUUCAAAACAUUGGUGAGUUAGUUACAUGAGUCAGUGCAACUAGUUGAGAAGUGAUCCUCAUGCAUUUUUAAGCCGGGUGCACCCCUGACCUUUCUACAGCGCAGCAACAGCAACGGCUUAUAGGACGGUGCAUCUUAUGUAUGAACCAGAUCUUUUUUUAUCUUAAAUUUAAUGGGUGUGGCUAAUAUUCCGCUGUGCUCUAUAGUCCGGAAGCAAUGGUAAAAAAAAAAAAAUGAAAAUAGCUUAAUAUUCGUUUUUAGGCAGCUUCAUGCAUAAAUCACUUCCUGACAUGUUGGUAGUAAGACACGACUUACUGGGUCAUUUUGUACCGAAACUGCUUUAUUUAUAACAUUUAAAGUACUUUUGUCUUGUUCCAAUAUGAGCAUGUUUUUGGAAUUACGCUAACUGAGAGUUAGCCAGUCACUACACACUCCUCAGCCCGCCUCCACAGGCGUUCUCCUGACAACGCUGGCCUCAGGAAGACAUGAGGCGAAUCACAAUAACACCUGUAUAAUAUAUUGACCCCAUACCAAAACAGUGCUGCUUUCUGUUUGACAGGGUGCAUCAAAUAUAACAUUUUGUUCCCUCAUCAUGGUCUCUGGGAGGAAAUGUGGUGUGUGUGUUCUGUGGGUGUUGGAGUCAACUGGCAAAGGUGAAACUGUGGAAGAUAUAGGUCAUUAAAUGAUGAAUUUGUAUGAUAAGAACGGUAAUUGUAGAAAAAGAGCUUGACCUUUGAUUCAGCUGUUUUCAGCAUAAAACUUUCUGCUUCAACACAUUCUGAACCAGACGUGUAAAUUCCCCUCCAAGAUCUUAGAUCUACAGGUGGUUGAUGGCGCACAGUGCUUCCUGCUUGCUUCUAUUUGCAUCAUGCUUCUUUGUCUUCCCGCUGUAGCUCGCAGCAUUUCUACAUCCAACAACAGACUCCACUAAACUUCCACGUGUGUGUCUAUAUUACCACCUGGCACGGCAGAAGUUCACCUCAAUGAAUCAUUUACCUGCACGUGCAAGAUAUCCUCAGUGGAAGCCGAUGAGGCUUUGUUGGAGCAUGAACUUUUGCUCUCCACUGCAGAUAACAGUAAGGCUUGCAGACUCUCUCUUCACAAUGGAAAACAUGCUUCUGGCUGCUGUCGUCUUAUCUGGAAUAAAUAAGAUGAACUUGUAGUCAGUGUGGCUGUAUCACAUGUAUCGCUCUCCUUAUGUCUGCUUCACUUUGGCUAUGCAUCAUCACCCGACAGAUUCUCCGGUUUAGAAGAUAUGUUGAUCUCUGCUGCAUGUUAUACA